AUGAGCAGUCCAACUCUACCCAAGCUCUUGGAACUGGCAGCCCACAGUCUGCUGAGCAGUGAGACGAUACCUGCUUUAGAAGAGUUCACAGUUAACCUCUUUCCACCACUGCUCACCACUGCAUUUGCCAAGGGGCAUACUCAGGCCCUAACAGCACUGGUGCAGGCGUGGCCCUUCCCAAUUCUCCGUCUGGGCUCUCUAAUCAUACAGUGGCCCAGCCAUGAAAGCUUACAAGCUGUGCUGGAUGGGCUGGAGGUCUUUCCUGCCCACAGGGCUUGUCCCAGGAGGUCAGAACUGAGGGUGCUGGAUUUGACCCUGGACAUCGAACAGGUUCAGGGGAAAGUUGCAUUGGAGGCUCUGGCCAAGUUCCCUUUCUGGUUGCCAUCAACAUUCAAGGCUGAAAAGCAGCAGGCCGUGGCUUGGUCCAUGGCAUCAGAGGAUGUGAGAAAAACACCGAGGCAGGCCGGAGAGCCACUAGAAUUACACAUUGAUCUUUUCCUGCGAGGCCCCUUCAAGUUAGAUACGUUCCUCUUCAGCCUUCUGAACAAGGUGGAACAGAGCAAAGGGUCUCUGCGGCUCUGCUGCCGGAAGUUGCAUAUUGAGGAAAUGCCUUUAAACAGCCUUCUCAGCAUCCUAAAAACCUUGGACCUGAGCUUCAUCCAAGAACUGGAGGUGUUUGAUUGGUUCCAGGCUCUGUCUGAGAAAAGCCUGUUUGCCAUCGAGCUGGGAAGGAUCUGCAACCUGCAGAGCCUCAAGUUGGCUUACUACUACUGGGCCUUUACCCCAGAGGCAGAGCAGUCCUCUAUCUACUUCCUCUCCCAGCUCAGCCAGCUGAGCCACCUCCAGAAGCUCCACCUGGCCUACUCCUACCUCUCGGGCAACCUCCAUCAAGUGCUCAGCUGCCUUCAGACGCCCCUGCAUGCCCUGGAGAUCCGCUCUUGCACACUUCUGGACGCUGACAUUGCCUACUUGUCUCAGAGCCCUCAUGCCACCUGUCUGAAGAAACUGGACCUGAGUGGAAACAGCCUGUUUCAUGUGAUCCCAGGACCCCUCGAGACCUUGCUGGAAGAGGUGUCAGGCACCCUGCAGCACUUGGACCUGAACCACUGCUGGCUGAAGGACACCCACCUGAAUGUCAUCCUCCCAGCCCUAUGUCGCUGCUCGCACCUCCGUACCCUGGGCCUCUCUGACAACCCUGUGUCCAAGGCGGGCCUGCUGAACCUGCUGGAGCACAUGGCGGGGCUAAUGGAGCUAAAGCGUGUGUUCUACCCCAUUCCUGUGGAGUGCUGUGUGUACCUCUGUGGCCUCUUCUGGGGCCACAUCGACAAAGGGAAGCUGUACCAGGUGCAGGCUGAGCUGCAGAAGCAGCUGCAGACUGUGCAACGGACAGACAUGCAGUGGAGUCCCCGACUGCCCUCACCCUUGCCCUUAAGACUGUUGCAUCUUGACUGA